AUGAAUAUUUUAAAACUACUUGCAGUAUUUUUUGUUGUUGCCAAUGCAAAGAGAAAGAAACGGGGCAGAGUCAAAGGAGGGUCAAAAGUCACAUCAGAUACAAAGUAUCCAUCCUUUGUAUCGAUUGUCACUCAGAAUGGCGGUCACUUCUGCGGCAGUGUAAUUCUUGAUGCAACAACUGUAUUGUCUUCUUCUCACUGCGACAUCGAAACAUCGAAUUUUGUUGUUUUUGGAACCCUGAAAAGAUCAAACGACCGAAACUUUAAUCCCAAUCAAAACAACGUCGCUAGAAUCAAAAGCGUCAAGAACUUUGGUAAAAUUAUGAACUCUGGUUUGUGGAAAGACGACUAUACACUUGUCACCCUUUCUUCGCCGAUUCGAUUCAAUUCAAAGGUCAAAGCUGCGAAAUUGGGCACCUUCGACGAAUUCGCCAAUAAUAUUAUGACCGGGAAAACAACUUGCAUGAUCGUCGGAAAUGGACAAACAGACAUGAGUGGCUCAUAUUCAGAUACACUCAAAGAGGGAAGGACGAAAAUACACUCGUAUCAGCUCAAAGCAGUAGGAUUUAUGUAUGGCGACAAAGAAAAUGUUUUCUUGAUGGACAAUUCCGGCAAAGCAAUCGCAGGAAAAGGCGAUUCUGGUGGACCUUUGUACUGUCCCAUAAACGGAGUCCAAAAAGUCUUUGGUGUUGCUUCUUUUGCGCACAACGGAGAAGCUUCCUUUUUCGACGCUUAUACGGGUUAUGCUGCUGUUUUUACUCCCAUCGCUCAUCAAUAUCUUCGCCGCUGGAAUCCAGCGAACAAGACUCCUAGAAAUUUCGAAGACAUGGACAUAAUGGUGCGAAAUUAUGUCGCUCACAAGACAAUUCUGACCUCUUCUUCUACUGCCGCGAAAACUGGAGAAAUCAAAGUUAAAAGACAAAGAUAUGACCAGGCUUCCAGGGAACGAGCGCGCCAAAGAACUAUUGAAUUCAACAAGAGAUUCCCGCCCAAGCGAAGAUAUGGCACUCAAGCGACAUUCAAAAGACCAACUUACAAGCAAAAUUUCGGAACUCAAAAGAAACCAACAUUUUCUCAGCCCAAAAAGUCAACUUCUUAUUCCUGGAAAUCAUCAACGAAUACUCAACAGAACAAAUAUUCGGGAAAUAACUACAAAUCGCAAAACAGCUACAAACGAUAUCAGCCUCCAGCUCAAAAGAAACCGACUUACAACUCUCAAUCCAGACGAACUCAGCGAGAGCAGCCUGGAAUCACGUGUUCCUGCGAUUAA